AUGGCGGCACGAGGCGCUGCGCCGCAACCUCCACAUUGUCUGCCGUCAACGUCUUCUGCUGCACCAACUGGGUUUCCUUCUUUGGCUGGCUUACCUCCACAAGCUCUGCAAUCGUUGGCCUUAUCCAAUAAUCAGCAGAUGUUAUCAGCAUUACAGGAAGCUCGACGAGUUGCUGCCACAACGCCGAAGCCGCCCCAAUCCCAAAUGACCCCACAACGGCCACCGUCCGCCAUGCCGCGGACACCCCAACAACCCACUGGACUCUCUCUACCACCCGGUUUAGCCUCACUUGGUCCAGCCGGUCUAUCCUUAGCGGCCCCAGCACCCGCAGCUGGAUCGCUUACAAACGGCACAAGUGACGCAGCCGCAGCGCAACAGGCCAUGCUACAAGCAUUGAUGCAACAAAUGCAACAGCAACACCAUCAGCAGUUGUUACAACAACAGCAACAAUUGCAACAACAGCAACAGCAACAACAACAAGCUGCCGCAGUAGCCGCUGCAGCUGCGCAAGCGCAACGUGAACGUGAGCAGAGGGAAUUGCAAGCGCAACAGCAACAAGCCCAGUUACAACAGCAACAGGUAAGAGUCAGUUUUACUCCUAUUUCAAAGUCUUAG